GCCAAACGUGCCAAGAUCCUGCACAAAAAUAUGCUUCCUUCUCAAAUCCUGAGCACGAUAAGCACCAUACCGUUGUCUUGAAAAUUUUCCAAGAAGUUGAGUGAAGUUAAAAGUCUCUCGCCUACAGGAGAUUUUCAAUUGGUGGCUGAUCUAUCACAGCUUUAUUAUCUUGCUCCCACGCAAAAUAUGGAGGAGUAUUCACAAAACCUGGAGAAAGAUCUGGAGGAUUUGGAGAUGGAAGUGGAAACCCUCAAUGCAAUGAUAAAUGAGUUGUUAAAAAGGGUGUCUAAAGAAAAGGACAAAGGUCUAAAAACGCUACCCGAAGUCGAAAAGUGGAUUUUAAUGGCGGAAGAGGUUGAAUUGAAGGCCAGUGGUGUCCUUGAUGAAAGUAUUUCAGAAUGUCACACUUUAACUACUUAUGAUGAUUGUUCUAAGAUCUCUAGAUCGACCCUUCAUUACAGCGAAAUGGUAUGUGUGAUGUUGGAAGAAGUUAAAGCUCUGAGAUCUAAGGGAGUUUUCAAAGUGUUGGUUGAGAGAGCUCCCUUGUCUUAUGUCAGAAAGAAGACCCCGAUUCAACCAAUUGUUUCUCGAGAAAUGUUGCUUGAAAAGGCAUGGAAAUGCCUUGAGGAAAACGAUUGUGGGACUUUGGGUCUUUAUGGUAUGGCUGAAGUUGGAAAAACCACCCUUCUUACUCAGAUUGAAAAUAAAUUCAGAGAAUUUUGGGAUGUAACAUGUAUUGUGAUCUUUGUUGUUGUGGAGUCUGAAGAGGUCAAGGGUAUACAAGACACAAUCCUGAGAAGAUUUGGAAUAUUCUUGAGACAAAAAAGUGAACGGGGGAAAGCAUCUAGAAUAUAUCGGGUCCUAAACGAAAGGAGAUUUGUGUUGUUAUUGGAUGGCGUACAGAGGGAAGGAGUGGAUCUUGAAGCGAUUGGAGUUCCACUGCCGAGCAGAGAGAAUGGAUGCAAAGUUGUAUUCACCACUCGUUAUCAGGAAGCAUGUAGAAGCAAGUGGGUUGAUGCUACUCUAGAAGUUGAAUAUUUGAGCCCAGAAGAAGAAUGGGAUGUUUUCCAAGAGAUAGUUGGAGAAACCACGUUAAAAAGUCAUCCAGACAUACCGCAGCUCGCAAGAAUCGUUGCUAGAAAAUGUGGUGGUUUCCCCAUUGCUCUCAGUCUCAUAGGCGAGGCCAUGUCACGCAAAAGGACUGUACGGGAAUGGCAUCAUGUAAUUCACGCUUUGGUUUCAUCCACCGCAGGAUUUUCAGGUAGCAAAGUUGCCAUUUUGAGGUUUAUCUACGAUAAUCUGCUUGGUGAGAAUAUCAGGUCGUGCUUCCUGUAUUGUGCUCUAUUUCCGAAAAAUUCAUAUAUAAGUAAACAGGAGCUGAUAGACUGUUGGAUAUGUGAGGGAAUGAUUGACGAAGAGGAUAGAGAGAUAGCUGAAACUAAGGGUUAUGAGAUGAUCGGUGAUAUGAUUAUAAUGGGUUUCUUGAUGGAGAAUAAAAAUGGUUAUAGUGUAAAGAUGCGUGAUAUGGUUCAUGAAAUGGCCUUGUGGAUAGCAUCUGAUUCCGGGAGGCGCGAGGAAAACAUUGUCGUGAAAUGCGGUGAAACAAUUCAGCAGCUGCCAGUGGUCAAUGAUUGGAGAAUGGUAAGAAGGAUGUCAGUGACAUCUACUCAGAUUGAGACUAUUUCGGAGUCUCCUCCGUCUUCCGAGCUUACGACCCUAUUCCUCCAAGAGAACCCGAAAUUAAAACGGAUUUCGGGUCAUUUCUUCCGGUGGAUGACAAGCCUUGCUGUCUUGAAUCUAUCGUCUAAUACAGGCCUUUACGUGUUGCCGGAGGAAGUUUCAUGCCUGGUGUCCCUGCGGUUUCUCAACUUAUCAUGGACAGGGAUAAUACGGCUGCCGCUUGCUUUGAAAAGGCUUACAAAAUUAAUACACUUGGAUUUGGAUGCCACACUGAAUCUUCAAUAUAUUGACGUGAUAGCAGGUUUAUUGAAUUUGCAAGUACUGAAGUUAUUGCGAUCUGCUGUACCUGUGGACCUCAAGUUACUGGAGUGUUUACAACUUUUGGAGAGUCUACAAGAGUUGAGUCUAACCGUGAAAGAUCCUGCUGUUUCCCAGAGGUUACUAAGUAACCACCGCUUGGCAAAUUGUAUCCGAAGUAUAGGUCUCGAUGAAAUUACAAUAGUCGAGGGAGGAAUCUUAUCGCUGAAGUCUGGUUUUCGCGAACUUGAGGUUUUAGAAUGUAAUAUCCCGGAGAUAACCAUUGAUUGGAGAAGCCUUAGCCAAAGGGAGACAGUACAUUCUGGCAACAUUGAGAAAAUUCCACAAUUCCUGAACAUACGCAGUGUUACUCUUUCUCAGUGCAGAGGCCUAAGGGACUUGACAUGGUUGCUAUAUGCUCCGAGUCUUAAGCAUCUAGGUUUAUUUUACUGUCCACAAUUGGAACAAGUAGUAAGCAAAGAGAAAGCCAUGGAGCAGGUGGGUCAUACGAGUGAGCAUCCCUUUCAGAAUCUAAUUAGCCUCUCCCUGCUUGAUUUACCUCAACUGGAGAACAUCUACUGGGCUCCUCUACCCUUUCCAGUUAUGGAGUGUAUGCAGAUAAGCCGUUGUCCAAAGCUGAGAAGAAUUCCACUCGACUCCGAUAGCGCUAAAGGAAAUCAAGUUAGAUUGCACCUCGAAAAAGAAUGGAUAAAAGGAGUUGAAUGGGAAGAUGAAGCUACGAAGCAACGUGUCUCUCAUCUGAAUAACAUCAGCAGGUCCGUCCCUUCUUCCUUAUUUUGUUUUGGGGAUUUUGCCCAAAAUGGGUCCUGUACCUGAUUUGAUCAAAGCACCUUAUACGAUCAACAACUCGAGUUUAGGAAUUGGAACAAAUGUUGUUCUUAUUUACUCUCAUGAAGAUGAAUGCACCAAGUGUAUACAUUUAUAUAGUGAUUGAAUUAACCUAAUUACAUACAUCUAAUAGAAUCAUUUAACAUUAAAAAAAAAAAUGAACAGUGUAUAAGAGUGUGUUAGUAGUAGAAAGUGUAUUGGCGUGUAACAAGAGUUUGAAAAAGUGUGUUAGGGUGUAAUAUUCACCUACGGUUCACUGUUAAUAUUGAUAGAUAUUGCAAAGCUAAUGUGACCGGGUAUUUCCAUUUAUUAGUCAGUCAAUGGUCUAUUGGUAAUGACUUUUGAUCACGUGUUAUCUCUCUACGGUUCACUCUUAUUGCAAAGCUGCAAUACGAUCAGGACAAAUCAGCGGUGAGAUUGAAGAAAUGAUCCGAUGGUAAGAGGAGUGUAAACCAUUAAGGCAUCAGUAAUGCGGUCUCUCUUCUCAUCGUGCCUGCCUUCGACGCCGAACCUUCCUCUCUUUUUCUCUAUGGUUUACCGAAUAAUUGUUUUGCUUCUGUGGUUUACACAUUACAUUUAUGUGCUAUUUGUUUCAAAUGUAGUGUGAUACAAAUCGAAUUCUUUACAUAAUCCGUUUAUUUUAUCUAUGUAUAACAUAACAUAACGAAAUCUUCUUUUAUUUAUUUGAAAUAACAAGUUUUCCCA